AUGGAUUCUGCUUUCAGAAACUCUUUUAAUUCUAAGCAGAUGCAUUUGUUCCCCCAAAUAAUUAAAAUUCAAUUUUUGAGAACAUAUCAAGGACGAGAUUGUGUAAUACCACGAUCUUGUUUAUUUUGUCUGAGUUGUGUAGUUCGAAUACACGGCACCGAGUCCAAUGUCAGACAACUGGAGCAGGUCCCAGUUCCUGUUUACCAUCCAACUCCUAGCCAGACCCGGCUAGCAACGCAGCUGACAGAAGAGGAACAGAUAAGAAUAGCGCAAAGGAUAGGCCUUAUCCAGCACCUGCCUAAGGGAGUCUAUGAUCCUGGAAGAGAUGGCUCUGAAAAAAAGAUCAGAGAGUGUGUGAUCUGUAUGAUGGACUUUGUUUAUGGGGACCCUAUCCGAUUCCUGCCAUGCAUGCACAUUUACCACCUGGACUGUAUAGAUGACUGGUUGAUGAGAUCCUUUACGUGCCCCUCCUGCAUGGAGCCAGUGGAUGCAGCACUGCUUUCAUCAUAUGAGACUAACUGAGCCAGGGUUUAUCCUCUGACCCAUCAAGGAAACCAUCCAUUUUAAUGGGUUUGAUCCUUUGUCAUUCAGCCCCAAAGAGCCAGGGAUUAGGAAUUAAGAUCAUGCACAAAAAAAGUACAUUUCCUAAAAAUUCCUGAAAGGCUGCAAACAUUGGAGAAAUGCAUAAUAUUUUAGAAACUAUAGAAAAAGUAGGAAGUUAUUUUUAUGUAAAGCCUUGACCCACUCCUAAAAAAUAUAAUGAUCCUCUAACGCCUGUUCUUACACCCAUAUAUAGGAAAUGUGUAAAGUGUUACAGCAGCUAAAAGUGUUUAAAUUGCCUGUAUCAGAUUUUAGUAGAAGCGAGAUAAGGGUUGUUUUUUUCCCCUUAAAUAAAGUAAUAGUUUCUGCUCUCAUUCUGUUCACAAUCUCCAGGCAUCUGGGUCAAGGCUUUAUUAAAAACUACAUUUUAUAACACUGGCACAAAGAAAUAGUUUUAAGCUUGUUUGCACAGUUCUUUUUUUUCCAUUGGAAAUGGAAUCCAUUGCCUUAGGUCUUUUUAAUAGUGUAUUGUUAUUGUUGGGCUGGCUCUACGCUUGAAAACCAGUUUAUUUAUAACCUGUUAAAAGUGCUGUAUUUUGUUUGCGGUUAGGAUUAUGCAGAAUUCAAAGUGAUCUCCUAGCUUGUAAGCAAACUGAGAUGCACUAUCCAUUUUCUAUAAGUGAUGAUUUCACGUGAGGAUGCUAAACCAGUCUGAUAGUAUUUUUUUUUUUUCUGUUUUUCCUUAAUUUGCUUCAGGUUCGAUCAGACAGUGAUCCUUAAACUUAAGUAUACUUUGAGUAUCUACAUUUUGAUUUACCAACUUGAAGGUGGACACCUGUGCUUAGACAUGAUGAUGAUGUAGCUAUCAAGUAAUCCAGAACACUAUGUCCCAUUUUCAAAAUAUAAUGUCACUGUUGAAUAUCACCACCCUCUUUCCCUUCAUUCCCCUAAAAAAUACUUGUCUUGGAUGAUAGCAAAAGGAUACUGCAUCUCUUAUUCCUGUAGUUCUUCUUAGGUUAUCAAAAUUAAGAAUAAAACAUACUGUAUCUUGGUCUCCGUAUGAAAUGCAUCUGUUAAGUCCUGCUGGCUGACAUUUGUCUACCAAGCAGAUAUGAAACCAGAUAUAAGAAAACUGUUUUGCACAUGAAUACAAAAUUCAUAUAGACACAGAAGUUCAUAGCAGUGAUCAAGGAGAAAAAGUACAGCUGAAGUAAGAGUGAUACAAAUAUCUACAUUUCUGAAGCAAAAAGGUAUGUGGUUGGUAGAGACAGUCUAGCAAAGAUUGUAGCUGUAAAUGUUUUUAUCCAUUUAGCAUGCGUUUAUUUUUCUUAAAUGUACUCCACUGUGACUUUUAUACAUUCGAUGUAAAGCUGAUACAUGGAGAAGUCUUAGUCCUGUAAAAUGAGAUGCAGCCUCAAGUUAAACGCAAAAAAUCAGGGAACGUUCUUGAUUGUUUUGCAUAUACCAUUUUGAGCACUCGAUCUAACCAUUUGUAUUUAAAGACGCAAGUACUUGGAAGAUUCUGUGUACUUAAAAAAGAGAGGAAUUCUGUCUGUCAUGAAUCAUCUUAAAAGAUCAGUCAGCAAAAUACAGAAUCAGCAUAUUGGUUUAUUUAUUAGCCCUGCUGCUGAAAUCUACACCUUACUACACUAUAGAUGUAGUUGAUACGGUAUCCAAAAGGUGUUUAAACCAAUCUAUAGUACCAGGUUCAUUGAAAUAGUUACACAAUGAACUUGCCAGAAGUUUUUACUUAAUUCAUAUAUACUUAAUUACAUGAAGCAGAUGGGAGAGGAAAGACCUGAAGUUGUGCAAUAUUCUCAGUGGUAAACCAUUGUUCCUUUUUAUCAUUCCAUGUGUGUUCUUUCUGUGCGUUUUUUUACAUAAAACGUAAUGUCCAUGUUGUCAAGUAUUAUAAUCCAGUUUUUUCCUUGUUAAAAUUGGCAAAUGAACAAUUUUUAAACAUUUUUCAUGUUUGGUAUUAGUCUUUAUUUAUUAUAAGACUUGAUUAUGAAAGAUUUGGAAGUAGAAUUGAAGUGACUGGUUAUUGAGCUGAAUGCUUUUCUAGGCACUUUGUAUAUAGUUGAACUUUUAACACUGAUAUACUUACCAUGUUAAGAGAAACUUAAACCUAUGCUUUUAUUAAAAUACUUGUUAAAUAAACUAAUAACAAAAAGGUGUCAAGGGCUAAAGUUAGAAUUGAUUCUACAAGAACAUUCCAGAAAACCCAAACUUCAGCCUAGAGCAGGUAUGUGCAAUUAUAAUAAAUGCAUUAAUUGGUUUCACAGUUUUAGGCACAACGCUGAUGCGUAAGAGAUUUGCGGUUCCAUAACUGAAGACCCUUAAUCAAAAUUCUGGAUUUAUAUUAAUAUUUUGGAUUUUUAAUUCAGAGCUCCAAAGUGAAUCUUGUGCUAGAAAUAAUUUAUGUCAGGCUAGGACCAAAUGGUGUCACGGGAAGUGGUAGACUGCACUGUUAAGAUCACAGAGGGCCUAGCUCCAGCUCUGAAAAUGAUUUCCAUUGGGCUUCAGUUCCUCCAGCUGUAAAAUGAAGAUAAUGCUUGCUUCCUACUUGGUAAUGUCAUUUUGAAUUAAACAUAAUGAUCUCAAACUAUGUUAGGCAACCUGACUGCAACAGUCAUUUCCUAAUCUACGUACACUGUGGCCCAUACGUGGCAUAUGACUUGGAUUCUUUCAGCCUAGACGUAUUUUGCAUUUUUAAUGUAACCUCCCAUCAUAUAUGGCAUGGUUGUAUUCUUGUUAUAGGUGGCCCUUAGUUUAAUGUUUACAAAGUAUUUUGAAGACAAGGUGUUAUAUAGUACUAGAUGUCAUAAUUAUGUUUAAUUUUAAACUUCCUUGAGAAUCCACAUAGAGAAUAUUGUAGAACCAACAUCCCUUACCAGCCACAUGACGGCAUGAUGCUUAGAAACAGUACAAGCUUUAGAAAACUUCAUUGCACAAGCCAUGUAUAACACCCAUAAAGCAUUUUAUAAAAUAUUGGGCACUCGGUUCUGUAUUUACGUUAAGACUUAGAACCGUCUCAGCAUUAUUGGGACUGAGAUGUCAUUUUUUAUUUUAUAAAACCAGACUUCCUUGGGACUGUCAAUCUUGUUACAUAGGCUUCCAAGAGAAAAAAUAAGUUUUAGAAGCUUCUUAAAAUUUCCUAAUUUUUUUAUACAGGAAGAGCCGUGAAUUUAAAAACCCUAAUUUGUUGCAACCUCCCUGCAUUAGAAGCAGCUGCCCCUUUUGGAAAGCUGAGAAUCCCUCCCAUGGUAUAAAGCACACCUUUCUAGCUCGAGGGAUUUUAAAAUACCAGAGCUUACACUCAUUACUUAUUCAAGGACUGGAUGUUUCCUGUUCCUGGCCUGGUGCAGUGCAAUCUUUGGGGCAAAAAUGGAAAUACAUUUUUGGUGCAUGGUUUUUUAUUUUUUAACGACAGGUAUUUGACUCUAAUGAUCAAGGCCUAUGUACAUCAAGAUGUACUUCUGGCUAGCAUAUAUGUUACAUGAUUAGAAAUGCAUGAUAAAUACCACCCGCCUCUCACCAGCACUUCCAUACACCCACUUGUGUCUUACUAAUUCUUUGCAGUGUUUUCAACAAUUAAGUUUCAGAAGCUGAUGCAUGAGAAUGUUCAUUAAACUUGUAAAUUGUCCAGAAGUUCAUAAGACGCCCUGAUUUUAAUAUCCCAAAUAAAUUUGCUUUAAAGGACUACAUUUUCCUUUAUAUAGAAGUUUAGCUUUUGGGGGGGACGUAUGAAUUGGUUGUGUGCUGGUCACCUUUUAACUGUCUAAACCCAUUUCAGGAUGAGAAUGUGGAGCUGAGCAUUUCAUAAAGAGGAAAACCCAAGUUUGUCUUUUGACAGAGUAACUGCAAAUUUUCCAUAAGGUACACUUCUGAUUUAAGGAAGAGUUGUCUUUACACCGGUAGCAAAUUUCUUGUGAUUUCUCCUUUGCAUAUUGUAUUAAACGUGUUUGUGAAAAUUAUUGUCCAGCUCUCUAGCAGCGCAAAGUUGCAAGGGCAACACACUUCAGGAAGCAAGCAUUGUAAUUUACUCAUGUGUUAGGGCUCCUUUGCAAAGGGACACUGACACCAGCAGCGUUCUUGGUUGAAAAGCUGAAGUGGAAAUGAAAAAGAUACCUUGUCUUCUGUACAUCAUGAAACUAGCAAGCGUCUCCCAAAUAGAACUGUGUGCACAAGAGGACCUGGACUAAAUGACCCUUGAGGGCACUUUCCAAUUCUAGGAGUCUCUUGUAGAUAUUUAAAACUUAUUUUGAAAUCCUUCUGAAGUUGAUUCCUAUAAUGGAAAUUAGUUUUACAAUUUGCUUUGUGAUUUAAUAGCACCCUGGCUCCCGACAUAAUGGGCCUGAUCCGGAUCACUAGAUCAACAAGUCCUGGUGCACAGAAGUGAGACUCUUCAGCAGUUUUUCAAGCUUCAAGAUGUUGAAGUAGGGGCCGUCUGUUUGGCCUGGUUUAAUGCUGGGUAAAAAGAGGAAGGCAGGAAGGCCAAGUAGAGAUCAGACACAGAUGAGACGAAGCCCAGGAUGGGGUUUACUUUUCUCUGUGAGCACCAAGGUCUUGGGAACUCUUCAAUCAGCAAGGGGCAUAGGUUGGUCUUCAAUAACCCAUGCUAAUCAAGAAGCCAGGACUCACUGGAUAAAAGGUGCAGAUGGCCUUAGCUUCCCAUGAAUCCAGCAUAUUCGGCAGAUGGAGGAGCAGGGCCUGUAGCCUUGUACUUCCUCCCCCAAAUCCCACUCACUCACGGAAGGAGCUCCUACAGAGCUUGUUGCCCAGAGACUCUCUCUGAGUUUCCAGAGGGGAUGGGGAGAUCUUACUUACAUACUUUUACUUUCUCAACUCCAUGGUUUUGUUUUUUUAACUGUUUGACUUAGAAGCUUUGGGCUGGGAGGUCAGGAAGUGAACACUGGAAAACCCUAUCAACAUGCAGAAAGUUGGCAGUAAGUAAAUUCCCUUCAUCCUUCUGCAACAGGUUGAGCAGUCGGGAGCUGCAGGUUCUUGAUGCACAUGUGCUUUAUAUUGAGUCCUUUCAAAAAGCAGUGCCCGCUGGGCUGUGCACAUGCAGUGUGCACGGUAGAGUGU